UGCUUACAUGUAUCAUCUAUGAUGUAGCCUCUGCAGUUCAAGUUGGAUCCCCGUUUGGCUCGUCUUUUGGGCAUUCAUACUCAGACUCGACCGAUAAUCAUCAGUGCACUUUGGCAAUACAUAAAAACACAUAAACUUCAAGAUGCUCAUGAGCGAGAGUAUAUAAACUGUGAUAAAUAUUUAGAGCAGAUAUUCCAGUGUUCCAGAAUGAAGUUUGCUGAAAUCCCUCAAAGACUUCAUCAGCUGCUCCAUCCUGCUGAUCCCAUUGUCAUAAACCAUGUCAUAAGUGUUGAAGGACCUGAUACAAAGAAAACUGCUUGUUAUGACAUUGAUGUGGAAGUAGAUGAUCCACUCAAAUCUCAAAUGAAUAGUUUUCUUCUGUCAACUGCUAGUCAGCAAGAAAUUCAAACAUUGGACAAUAAAAUUCAUGAAACUGUGGAAACCAUCAAUCAAUUGAAAACAAACAGAGAAUUUUUCUUAAGCUUUGCCAAGGAACCGCAGCAGUUUAUUUAUAAAUGGCUUAUAUCACAGACUAGAGAUCUGAAGAUAAUGACUGAUGUAGUCGGAAAUCCUGAAGAAGAAAGACGAUCAGACUUCUAUUACCAACCAUGGGCACAAGAAGCAGUUUGCCGUUAUUUCUAUGGGAAAGUUAAUCAGCGUCGUGCUGAACUCGAACAAGCCUUGGGAAUACGAAAUACAUAAGCUCGAGUCAAAAUUUAUUGUAUUCAUUUAUGUAUAUGUAUUAUCAUUUAUAAGAACAUCUGUAUUCUCUUCUCUAUAUUUUGAGUAAUGAUUUUUAAUUUAAAAAUUUAUAUGUUUUGUAGUUGCUGUUCCAAUCUUAGUAUUUGUGCUUUUCGAUUGAAUAUAUAUUGCAUUAUAAUAUAUAUUUAAUGGACUUUUCUUUUAAUUUCUUACACAAAUCAUCAAAUUCUUAAGUAAUAGGCAACUAUUGCAUUGUAAACAAUGACAACAAACUUUGUCUGAGACAGUUACUCAUAAUACCAGAGAUUUUAGUCUUUUGCAGGGCUGGUUACUUUAGAGAACUUAUAUUCAGUCUGUAUGUUGUCAGUAAUACUGGUUAUAUUUAGUCAUGUUUCACUAUUAAAUGAACAUUGUCAAAUUAAAUUUUACAUUUGUAUUUUUUUAUUGAUAAUUAGUGUUUAUGGUGUUUGACCAUAAACUUAUUUUUAAAUUCAAAGACAUUUAUUUUGCUUUUCAAAAACAACUUCUUGCUUCAAGAAAAAUAGUACAAGGGGGAAAGUUAUUUCUCUCUCUUUCUGUUGAAAGAGAGAAAGAGCUAAGACUUGACUAGAAGUUAUUCUGGGCAACAAAUAUUUUUUCCUAUCUGAUCUAUAAUGUAAGCAAACAGUCUCUCAAAAUUAAUUUACCAAAAAAAUGUAUAUUGUUUUUAUUACAUUUUUUUUUGUAUGUGUGUAUUUAUAAAAGUAUCGGAUAUGUAAGCUAUUUCAUUCUUUUGAUAUUAAAAAUGUUACUUUUUAAAGUGUGCUUUUCGCAUCAUAGAUGUUUCCUUUGCUUAAUGUGGAUGAUACAUAAUUUUUCUAGCAUUGUUCAUUAUGAAUAAAUUACUUUAGCUGAA